CUCAAAAUUCAUGAAAUCCAGGUUGGCUGUGCCCUCAAGGUGCUUCAACCCGGAGACAUUCCGGGGACUUCGCAAGGAGCGACGCAUUGCUUUCUGGUGUGUAUAAAAUGGCAAUAUCUGUUCAGACAUCUCUGCUGAGGACUUUUCAUGUUAUUUCUUAGUUGUGUUAAUCAAGUACAUCAUUCAUCGAGAAAUAGAUAAUUAUAAGUCUGUUGCCAUAUAUCAGUAUAACCAAAUUUGAUUCUUACCAAACACCUCGGUACCAUGGCGACUACACAACAAAAAGAAUUGCAGAAACUGUACAGCAGUGUUACAGGCGGCGUCGAGGAUGAAGAAUUGGAGCGAAUCGUCGCAGAUUCGGAACGGAUUAUGAGAGGCCCUGCAGGACUACUGCUUGCGCAGGCAGGGCUAGACCAGUCCACCACUCAGCCAUUCCAACUUCUGGACAACGCCUGCGGAACAGGCCCCAUUGCGGCGCAUUUGCAAGAUCAUAUCGACAAAAAGCUUCUAUCGGAAAGCAAGAUAGUAUGUGCGGACUUCAACGCGAACCUCGUAGGUAUUUUGAAGAGGCGAGCUGCUAAGUAUAGUUGGGUGAAUAUCGAAACAGCUGUAGGCGAUGCCCAGAACUCGGUAUUUCCGGCGGAAUCUUUCUCACAUGUAACCAUCAACUUUGCCAUGCAUGUCAUCCCAGACCCAGAGGCCGUGCUGCAAGAUACUAUGAGACUACUCAAGCCGGGUGGCAUCUUUGCUUUUAGUGUCUGGCAUAAGGACACGAAGGGUUGGGCCACCGAUAUGAGGUCGUGUUUUGAGGCGCUACCCUUCGACGCACCGAUGCCUAACCCGGUGCCAAUGGCAAUUCACGGGAAGCUCCAGUGGACGGACCCAAAGGGCAUCGAGGAAGAGCUAAAGUCUCACGGGUUUGAAAAUAUCCAGGUCAAGACGAUGCCUCACGUGGUUCCUGUCUACAGCGCCGAGGAUUAUCUUAGGAGCUACUCGAUGAUGAAGGACUGGAUGAUCAACGCGCAUUGGAGCGAGGAUAGUAAGAAAAAGGCACAGGGUAUGCUAGACGAGCAUAUUGUGAAGCAUCUUAAGGAGAAGUAUAACGGGGAGGGAUGGGAUUUGGAUUGGACCGUGAUUCAGGCUACGUGCCAGAAGGCUUUUUGAUCGAGGUGUAAGAAUCGGAUGGGAGAAUCGGAUGGGAGAAUGUUCAAAUGUUGCCCGUGCUAAUAGGUACUGGAUGUUACCCCGCGGAUUAUUCCGUAGUAGUACUAAGCGAGGUGCUAAAUAUGAUGCAUAUAUACAGAGAUAUAACUUUAUCGACUAAA